AUACAGCUGUCGUCGAUAUCAGAAGUGUCACGACAGUGUAUUGUGUGUGCUAUUUUUAUUUCGAUUCUUAACUUUCUAUGCUAUCUGAUAAUCAUAUAAACUAGUGGUGUGGCUUUGAAAUAUAACCAUACACUGUUUGUGAUAAUUUGGUGUCGUCAAGUUUUUUUGUUUGAAUAUACAAACACAUUACAUAACGAUGCCUCUGCUCAGGCUUACAUCUGGAACUUUUGGUCAGCUACGCACUUUCGCGACUUCGCAAGCGCUCAGUAAACGGGUAAAAACCUUCGCUGUGUAUCGAUGGAAUCCUGACGAACCAGAUAAGAAACCUUAUAUGCAGAACUAUGAAGUAGACCUUGAUGACUGUGCUCCUAUGGUCCUUGACGCGUUAUUGAAGAUCAAGAACGAAAUGGACCCAACUCUUACAUUCAGAAGGUCUUGCCGCGAGGGUGUAUGUGGCUCUUGUGCCAUGAAUAUCGACGGGAUUAACACACUCGCUUGUAUCAGCCACAUUGACCAAAACCUAUCGAAACCAGGCAAAAUAUACCCGCUACCCCAUAUGUAUGUUGUUAAAGAUUUGGUGCCGGAUUUAACUAAUUUCUAUCGUCAGUACCAGUCUAUAGAGCCUUGGUUGCAGCGUAGUAAAGAAGCUACAAAAGGUAAGGAAACCCAACUGCUUCAAGAUGUUGAAGAUAGAGCCAAAUUAGAUGGUUUAUAUGAAUGCGUCUUAUGUGCAUGCUGCUCCACCAGUUGUCCUUCAUAUUGGUGGAAUGGAGACAAAUAUCUUGGCCCUGCAGUGCUCAUGCAAGCCUACAGAUGGAUCAUAGAUUCUAGAGACGAUGCAACUGAGAAACGCUUAUCAAAGUUAAAGGACACCUAUUCAGUGUAUCGCUGCCACACAAUUAUGAAUUGCACUAGGACGUGCCCUAAAGGCUUGAAUCCAGGCCGGGCCAUAGCUCAAAUCAAAACAUUGCUAUCAGGUAUUGUCAAGAAACAGACACCUAUUUUAGACCCAGCAGGACUAGAGAAGCAAUCAGCAUCUAACUAACUUCUUUCACACAUAAGACACUGUUACCAUGAUGUAACUAUAACCUGUAAAGUUUUGCUUUAGGUAUCUUAAUUCAUUG